ACGUUUGCCAGUCAUUAUCGCCACCACUACUGUCAUCAUUAACAUCGUCGUCGACUCCGUUUCUUCCGAUAGUUGUCUGACGAGUCCGCGUUUCCCGUUAGGACGUUAACAACAAUAAUAGAUAAACUGUACCGCAACAUCCAACAACAUAGCCACCACCACCGCCGCCACCGUGCUCUACAACAUCGCGUGUCAGUCAACAUCCAAGUCGAGUUUUCCACAGCGCCGCGCAUGACACGCAACACGAUGAACUGAACUCCGCCGACACCACUUAGCCCGCACACGGCGUGUGCUCCAGAACGACAAAAUGAUCAUGUCUCCGAUUGUGAGUGCCAAUAUGGCCACUUUAUACAAAGAUGGUAUCACCAUCAAAAAAAUAUCAGCAAUACAAGUUAUCAACAACAUACAAUUUAUAUUAUUCAAUAAUAUACCGCGUACAUUACAAGAAAUUAGGGAUGUCUCAGGUACUGCAACCAAGUUGCUCGUUGCUUUUAAGCAACGAGCUAACAAGUGCUUUAUCACCAAAAGCAAUAUGUGAUUUAAACGACACAGAAUGGGAUAAAUUAACAAGGAGUGAUAUGGCUGGAAAAUUAUUAGAACACUUAGACAAGAUGUAUAGUAAAAAUGAUGAAUCUGAAACUAUUACAGAUUGGUUAAAUGAAGAAAAAUUCAUUGACCUUCCAAUAUUUGAUGACUUCAUGACAAACACUUCUCCAAAUCACGUUGAAAUGAAACCAAUUGAAUAUCAGAAAUUUGUUCCAUCAAACAAAGCUAUCCAAUACCAACCAUACCCAACCCAACAAUAUGCACCUAUAUAUUGCCAACAGACACCUGUUCAGCAAAAAUUCAGCUAUGUUCCACCUGCUUCAUUAACACCCCCAGAAAGUCCUAAAGAUACAGAUGUUCUAAUGUCUAUGUUGGAUGAUAUGCAACCGGAAGAACUCAGUCAGUUGGUAGUUGAUGAAGAUACUUUAUCAGACUUUAUGUCAUCAGAUGCUAGCAGCCACACCGACUCUUACAGUGAAAUACCAUUAAAACGGGCUAAACCUUAUACACCAAAGGCACCAAGUGAAGAAAAGCGAUUGCGUAAAAAAGAACAAAAUAAAAAUGCAGCCACACGAUACAGGAUGAAGAAGAAGGCUGAAGUUAAGGAAUCCGUAAUGGAAGAGAAACAACUUUUGCAGAAAAAUAAUACACUCAAGGAUGAAGCUAAAGAACUUGCAAGAGAAAUUAAGUAUUUAAAAUCACUGUUGAGGGAUGUUUACAAAGCUAAAGGACUAUUGAAUUAAAUUACUUUUAAUUAUUUAUGAUCUGAUUAUUCACUUUAAGUGGUUUUGUUUGAUUAAUGUUUAAAAAUAGUGCUAGGCAUGAUGAUCAAAUAUAAUUUUCACGUGAAUGCUGUUUUUUAUGUACCUGUUUUUAUGUUUUAAGUACAAGUACAGUAUUAGAAUUUUGAAUACAUACUUCUAUAACCAAAA